AUGGCUCUUCAACUACCGUCGCUUCUACCACAAUUACUGAACACCCUAAACCCAACGCAUUACUUAGCCGUUUUCUUCUCUUUCAUAAGCCUUCUGUUUAUGCUUAAUAAACACACAAGAAAAAACAAGUCUAAUUUGCCUCCUUCCCCAUCAAAACUACCCAUAAUUGGCAAUCUUCAUCAACUAGGCACACUUCCCCACCGUUCCUUUCACGCACUCUCACGCAAGUAUGGCCCUAUCAUGAUGCUUCAACUGGGCCAAACUCCAACCCUUGUGGUCUCAUCCGUUGAUGUGGCCAAAGAAAUAUAUAAAACUCACGAUGUCGCUUUCUCCAACAAGCCUCAAACCACAGCGGUGAAAAUCAUCAUGUAUGGGUGCAUGGACGUUGCUUUUGCACCCUAUGGAGAAGAGUGGAGACAGAAAAGGAAAAUAUGUGUCCUUGAGCUUCUAAGCCUUAAAAGGGUACGUUCCUUUCAAUCGAUAAGAGACGAAGAAAUUGCGGAAAUGCUUGAUACCAUUCGUGAAGCAUGUGGAAGCAAAAGGUCCUGUGUGAAUCUUAGUGAGAUGUUGAUUGAAACCUCAAACAACAUAAUGUCUAGAUGUGUUCUUGGACAAAAGUAUGAUACUCCAGAAGGUGGCGAAAGCUUUGGAGAGCUAGGAAGGAAAAUGAUGAAACACUUAGCAACUUACAGUGUGGGGGAUUUCUUUCCUUGGUUAGGUUGGGUUGAUGUUCUUACAGGUCAAAUAGCAGAAUUUAAAUCCACUUUCUGUGCAUUAGAUGGUUUCUUUGAACAGUUAGUCGUACAACGCAAGAGAAUGAACAGGGGUGAUGGCCAAUCUGAUAACAAAGACUUCGUGGACAUACUCCUUCAAAUUCAAGAGGGUAGAAAACAUGAUUUUCAGCUCACCCAUAAUGACGUCAAAGCGAUUUUAAUGGACAUAUUUGCCGGAGGCAGUGACACUACUUCAACACUUCUGGAGUGGAUAUUUGCGGCUCUGUUGAGGAAUCCAGAUACCAUGAAGAAAGCCCAAGAGGAAGUAAGAAGAGUUGUGGGGCAUAAAUCUCAAAUAGACGAAAACGAUUUGAACCAAAUGAACUACUUAAAAUGUGUGAUAAAAGAAACUUUAAGAUUGUAUCCACCUGCCCCUCUUCUGAUACCACGAGAAACUUCAUCAGAUGUGAAAGUAAAAGGGUUUGAUAUUCCAUCCAAAACAAGAGUGUUUGUGAAUGCAUGGGCAAUUCAGAGAGACCCUGAAAUUUGGGACAGGCCUGAAGAGUUUCUUCCUGAAAGAUUUGAAAAACUACCAGAAGUUGAUUUUAGAGGACAAGAUUUGCAGCUUAUACCCUUUGGUUCUGGGAGAAGAGGUUGCAUUGGAAUUUCAUUUGCGCUUACUUCCACUGAGUAUAUGCUUGCUAAUCUCCUCUAUUGGUUCGAUUGGAAGCUUCCUGAGAGUGUAUCUGCCCAAGAUGUAGACAUGGGCGAGAUAUGGGGUCUCACUGUCAUCAAGAAAGUACCUAUUCAUCUUCAACCUACUCUGCACUCAUUUGGAUCUAAAAAUUCACGUGUCAUGUGA